CUACACGAUAUUCGACCGUCUGUUCUGCGUUCUGCCGCAAUUCUUGAGGAUCUGUCUGCUAUUUCUAGCAAGGGAUGCGAAUGGAAUCGUUCUCAUGGACUGAUAGACUUCGUGCGACUGUCAACACAUGCCUUCCAUGCUUCAACAACCCUGGUUCGACGUCUGACUCGGACGCUGAAAACGAGGGCCUUUCAUCUCGACAGCGAUCACAACGUCACUACGAGGAGCUCGAGGGUCUUCUCGGUGAUGUAGCCGACACCGACGGCGAUGUUGAGACUCUGUCACUACAUUCGAACAUAGGAGGUGCCCAGCAGCGACGCAAGAAGAAAAAGCGGGCCCAUAAGUCUAUUCAACUUUUUGGAUUCAAUUUAUUUGGCCGUCCACCCAUCCAGCUCUCUGAUUCCGAGGAGGAUGAGCCCGACGACGGAAGUAGACGUAAGCGCCGCCCGGGCCGACUAGCAAUAGGCCAAAUUGCCUCUGCACACUCGUCUUCAUCUGCUUCCGCAUUUGACUCAGAUGCUUCUCCACUCGACACGGUUGCAAUCUCGCAACUGUCCCCGGAGGACGCAGCUGCGCAUGCAGCUCGGGCAGCAGCAGAGAGAGAAGCAGAAGAGGAGCGACGGCGCGUAGAACGAGAGGAGAAGGAAGAGAGGCGACGUCGGCGACAAGAGCGACGCAAGCUUAAGCGAAUGGCUGCUGCACUCGCAAACGGUACAACAAUGAGCUUGGACGGUGAAGAGUUUGAGGGCUUCCAAGGCAGUGGAUCGUUCCGUUCGCCUUUCAGUCCCAGUUCGCUGUCCUUCUCGCAGGUUUCGCCGCCCGUACCGAGAGCUCCCGGAGAUGACUUUGGGCCGUACGUCAGCGGUUCAAACCCACAUGCAGUCGACGAGGAUCCCGCAGACGGAGAUGAGGCAGAUUUCGGCGGCGAAGCCUACGUGCGCAAGGCACGAUCUCGUGGUUCAGACAGCUCUCGCUCGCAGUCGCAGUCACAGACCUCCGCCUCGCGUUCGAACGCUGAUUCCUCACACUAUACUCAUCACCAUCAUCAGCAGUUCUUCCAAGGUUCACCACUUCCGUCUCCUGUCUUCGCGCCGGGAACAGCCGUCCGUACUCAGGAAUUCGGCUCGCCAAGCGUCGGCUCCACCUCCGGACCCGGCGCACUCAUUGACGCCUCGCGGCAAAAGAAGUCGAAGAAGUCGCGAUCAUCAAACAGUGCGACCACGUCGUCCAAGAAAUCAUCAGGCUCUCCAGCUUCCCAGUCUGCUUCCUUAUCCUCGCUGGAUUCGCCUGUUGACGCGAACUUUUCGCGGAAAUUCGCACCUUCUGAACCGUUCAUAGUGGAGCAAGACGGCGAGGUGCCUAAAGAGCAUUCGUUAGAUGCAGUUUCCCCGAAAGAUGCACGCGAGUCUAAGUUCCCGAGCGUCGGCUUCGGUGGAGUUAGGCGGACAAAUAGCGUCGGUAGCGGAGCGUUCCUGGCGACGCGGAGCGAAGACUAGGAGGGUUAAUACGAGUCGGAAAUUGGGCUAUGUAGAUGGGAUGUUCAUGCGACAUUGAUCUUUUACGUUAUGUUUCUCCGUGUUGUUCAAUUUUGCAUCGUGUUUAUAUGGAUAUUCCAUGUUCUUUCUCGCCGGUAUUAAUUAGAGACCUGACGAAUUUGCAAUACAUAUAUUUGCAAUACAUAUACCACUUUCCAAC